AUGCAAACAAUUACCGUUGAUGCCCUAAUAUGUGGCGGAGGCAUGUCAGGCCUCGCCUGUGCCUCUUUCGCCGCGUCCUCAGGGGCUAAGGUUCUCGUUGUAGAGAAGCAGUCCACCGUGGGCGGGUCAUCCAAUUACUCCGCCGGGAUGUUUUGGGGCCCUAAGUCCUACUCGAGUCUGCGCUCAUGGGUACCAUGGGGAGAUCCCGAUCUCCAAGCGGCCUGGAUGCAAGAUUACCUCCCAGCCGUACAAUGGAUGCGGGAAAAUGGUGUCCCAGUGGCGCAGAGGUUCGAUGGAAUUAUGACAAUUGGCAUGCCAUUCUUCUUCUUGCAGCGAAAACGCAUCAGGGAUAGCAAUACCGGCUCACAAAUAUUCACCGACACCGCAGUGGUGAAGCUUCUGCAGGAGGUGCCGGGUGUCCCUGGGUCGCGCGUUAUAGGGGCCGUAAUCCGUCGCGCGGAUGGUACACACUACGAAGUUCGAGCGAAGCGGGUUGUCCUAGCUACUGGAGGAUUUCAAGGUAACCCCAAGCUUCUGUCCGUGCACCUGGGCCAGCACGCAGACGAUAUGUUUGUGCGAUCCAACAAGGGAUCAGUUGGGGACGGGUUGACCCUGGGUACACAAGUAGGGGCAGGUAGCAGUCGUGGGAUGAGUACCUUUUAUGGCCACUUACUCGCGGCACCUUUGCAAACUGAGAAGGUCAACCCACGGGACUAUUUGCCGUUGGCACAAUAUCAAAGCAAACAUUGCCUACUUCUCAACGAGAGCGGUCGCAGGUUUGCAGAUGAGACGACCGGCGACGAGAUUAUCAAUCAGUAUCUCGCGAAGCAAGAGAAACGGCGAGGAUUUCUUCUAUUCAACGAACGCACUCGGACUCAGCACUGCAUCUCUGCGCCCUUCCCGAACGCGGGCGAGAUCGACCGUCUGGCCAAAGCGCAGGAGCACGGUUGCCGUGUCGGUAGUGCACCGACAAUCAACGGGCUGGUCGAAAUUCUCACACAGUGGGGAGUGAAUGGUGCACAAGCUCGAAAGACAAUCAAACAGUAUGAUCAAGCCAUUCGGCUAGGUGAUUCGACUGUGGCGUUGGAUGCCCCUGUCGGUGCGGGUGGAAACCCUCCAGUCCCGUUGGUGGAGGGCGACGGGCCCUUCUUUUGCAUGGAAGUGCAGCCAUCGAUCACUUUCACGUACGGCGGCAUUAGAAUCGACUCCAAGGGCCGCGCGCUGACGACUGAUGGUAAUCCCAUCCCCGGGCUUUUGGUCGCAGGAGUCGAUGGCGGAGGAUUUAGUAAUCUCGGAUAUGCGGGCGGGUUGGCUCUUGCCUUCGUGACGGGCUUUUGGGCUGCGAAGGCGAUUGCGAUGGAGUUGAAUCUACCGGUUCCUAGCCUGCCGGCUGCAGAUGCACGGGAUGCGGUACAUCGGGAAAUUGGACUGGGAAGUAAACUAUAG